AUGUCUCGGUACCUUCUCUUGUUGUGGCUGAAGUUCCUAGGUGAAGAUGACCUCCGCCCCUGCAUAUCUGAUGACAGAGAAUACUUAGCCGUUAUGAUGCAAGCCUUUAUGCCUCGGUUUGUAAGAUCGAUCUCUCCAAUGGCCAGCGAGUAUCUUCCAGGCGAUGCUCAUAACCUGUGCAUCGACUUAGCCAAUCGAAUGGAGGCCAUUGAAGACGACUGCAAUUUCCAGACAUUCAUUGCAAUGUACCGGGAACGUUACGUCCGGAAACCAUUGCCACAAAGAGCUGUGGUUGAGCUAUGCUUGCUUCAUGUUUUGAAAAUGCCCUUCGAGCUGAAUUCCUCCAUCAAGAACUCGUUGAUACGUUACUAA